AAGGGAACAUUAGAAAUUAAACCUGUAGUUAAUGUAGAUUUAUUGAUGACGAGUGUCCCUUCCAGUCACCGUUUUGGGAUAGUUUUAUCUUUACCAUAAUUUAUGGCAAUAUGAUCCGAUAUGAGGAAAGGAAUCGGUAGUGAAUAAUUCCGCAAUGGACAGGAAUUACGCUGUGCACAGUGUUAGAUCUUUGUUGAGUUUUGCCUGGGUUUAGAUCCCCAGAGCGCGAAUCAAGUGAGUGAGUAUACUUUUUUUCUCUCGGAUCCUGCGCUGUGUGUCCCUCUUCUCGUGUAUCUUAUCGAGGACUCAGCACAACACAUUGUGAAUCAAAUGGAAAUGACUUCUGGCGAUGUCUUAUAUUUCUGAGCUGUAUUUCUGGAUUCCACACAGUCAAUUGAUUAUGUACAAAUGGGGGGGAUGGUUCGUUGUUAAAAAUAGCCUGACACUUAAGAUGAGGUAGCGAGAUGAACAGGUUGCUGCUUACUGAAACUUACUGGGAGCAAAUGCGAAAAUAGCCUAUGCUUCACCCGCAUCCAACCUCUGUUGGAUCGGUUAAUUUCUCUUUAAAUCUUCCAGGAAGAUUUGGACAGAAGAGCAAAUACCGCAUCAAGCAUUUACAGAUUCACAACAAAAAUAAUCGAACAUUAUUUUGCCAUAUGUGUUAAAUUGAAUUGGUAAAAAAAAACGUUGACUUUUCGAUAAGAAGACAACAGAGGAAUCUAGCAGCUGCUUGUUGAUGGCACUACGCGCUUGGAGGACUUGGUUUGGGCAGGUUUUGCGCAGAGUGUCUAGGCUGCAGGGCUCGUGGUCCCGGCGAUCGAGCAGUCUCCUGUGUCUCUCUGCGAACCCGGAGCAGGAUUUUGGGACCUGUUACAGGGAUCACACACAUAGCAGUCUCCACUACUGCUCUUCUGUCCACCGCACCCACAGUCACCAACACGCGCCAGUCUGUCCCUCCUCUUUCAGCCGCUGCCAACGCUUUCCCGAUUGCUGCGCAGCCUUCCCGGGGGAUCGGAGGGGACAUGAGCCCCUCACUCGCCGGUUCCUGGUGGUCAUGAAGCGGCAGAACGUGCGGACCUUGUCCCUGAUCAUCUGCACGUUCACGUACCUGCUGGUCGGGGCCGCAGUGUUCGAUGCCCUGGAGUCAGACUUCGAGAUGCGGGAGAAAGAACAGCUGGAGGCAGAGGAGAAGCGUCUCCAAGGGAAAUACAACAUUAGCGAGGACGACUACCGCAAACUGGAGACCAUCAUUAUGGAGGCCGAGCCCCACAGGGCCGGAGUUCAGUGGAAAUUUGCGGGAUCUUUUUACUUUGCCAUCACAGUCAUCACCACCAUAGGUUAUGGCCAUGCAGCUCCCGGCACAGACGCGGGGAAGGCCUUCUGCAUGUUCUAUGCCGUCCUGGGGAUACCCCUGACCCUGGUCAUGUUCCAGAGCCUGGGCGAGAGGAUGAACACCUUCGUCAAGUCCCUCCUGAAGCGCAUCAAGAAGUGCUGUGGCAUGCGCAUCACCGACGUUUCCAUGGAGAACAUGGUGACGGUGGGGUUCUUCUCCUGCAUCGGGACGCUGUGCAUCGGGGCGGCCGCCUUCUCCCACUACGAGGACUGGAGCUUCUUCCAGAGCUACUACUACUGCUUCAUCACACUGACUACCAUCGGUUUCGGGGACUUUGUGGCCCUGCAGAAGAACCGGGCCCUGCAGCGGAGGCCCCUGUACGUGGCCUUCAGCUUCAUGUACAUCCUGGUGGGCCUGACUGUCAUAGGAGCCUUCCUCAACCUGGUGGUGCUGAGGUUCCUGACCAUGAACAGUGAAGACGAGAGGCGGGACGCAGAGGAGAGGGCCUCGCUGGCGGGGAACAGAAACAGCAUGAUCAUCCACAUUCAGGAGGAGACGCUGGGGAGAGGAGGAGGUGCAGGGAGGAGGCGCAGGGAGACGCAGGGCCAGUUCUGCGCCGAGGUCAACGAUGUGCCAUCUGUCUGCUCCUGCAUGAACUACCACUCACAUGAGUUUGGUAGCUGUGGGGGAGAGAUGGGAGGAGGGGGAGUGAUGGGGGGUGGAGGAGGAGGGAUAGAAUGUGCCUUUUCCCACCAGAACUCCUUUAGUUCCCAGUUGAACCCCCACCAGUACUUUCACUCGUUGUCGUACCGCAUCGAGGAGAUCUCUCCCAGCACCCUAAAGAACAGCUUCUUCCCCUCGCCCAUUAGCUCAGUCUCCCCAGGCCUCCACAGCUUCACAGACAAUCGUCGACUAAUGAAGAGAAGGAAAUCCAUCUGAGCCUAGUGCAUCAUAGUGUUUUGAACUAUGUGUUGCAUUUCAAUGUUUUUUCCUAAAUGAUAAAACGUUGAAAUAGAACAGAUCAUCAGACUGGGUUGGCUCAUCUACACAGACAACUCCUAGCUUUCCUUUUUUAUAUACAAGUACAAUGCAUCUCCAAUGUUGCUCCUAACCAAAUCUUAUUUUAGAACUUCUUUUUUUUUCUCUCUUUUGGUUGGUAUAAAGAUACAAUAUAUUGAAGCGAUUCAUAGGGAUUGAUAGAAGAGGAAGGAGCUUCGGAAAGAAAUGGAAAACCUUUUGGACAUGAAUUGUGUGUUUUUUUCUUGUGAGGGAUUCAACGCAUGAAGCAUGGAUACUUAUUUUCCCAGGAAAUUGGCCCAUCUGAGAAAUACAAAUCAGAACCAUCAGAUGUUAUCACAACUUUCCUCAUUGCCAGCUCAUUCAAAUAGUAUAGGAUCUUGGUAACAAUGUACCAAAUGAUGCACACUUAGCAUUGUAAUGGAGAUAUGCUAUUUUUUUAAAGUGAGUAUGCCUGUUUCACCUUAACUUAAAAUGAUUGCAGUUAAGUGCUUUUGAAAUGACUUAAAAAGCAUCAGGUAUUAUUUUCUAUAAGCAAUUCUAUCUAGGAAAACAAGUAAAAUGAUUUAUUUACAGAACAUCAUGCCAAAAUAUUGUUGCCAAUCUUAGCAUGUGCAUUAGAAGUCAUCAAAUGAGUGUUUUUAAUUUUUGUUUCUUUUUUUAAAAUAGCAGAUUUUGUAUUAUCAUGGUUUGUGUCUGUAGAUGUUUUCUUUCUGGAUUUCAGAUUGUGUAAAAUAUGAGGAUGGGAAAAGGAGUAACAAGGGUUUUAAGGCUUUCCAGUUUGAAAAAGUUGCUAUGUGCAUGUACUUUGUGAAACUGGUAUGCAUAUAGAUGUAUGGGGAAAAAUAAUAAUAACCUUGCAAUUUGAUUGAAUUUUGAUAGCAAAUAAUCAUAAUAAUGAUUUAAAAAAUAUACUUAAUUGAUUUAGCCACUUAAAAGUAAUGAUGUAUAGUGUAGGCUAAACAGCUUUUUGUUUUUCCAUUUUUUUCCAUUCUGAAAAAUUGUACAAUAACCUUUGGUCUCAGGUUUUGAAUGGAUAGCCUCUUUAGGUUCUGGUCCCCGAAUCAAAUCACAAAAGAUAUCCCGGAAAUCCGAAUGCACCUGCCAAACAAAACAAUACAUAUCAAUUUAUUUUUUAAAUAGUACACAUUUUCCAGGAAAAGGAUAUUGAGAUGCAUCAUCUUACUAAGCGAAGCUUCCUGUACUAUAGACCAGCGUGGGUUCAGAGCGCACGCACACACAUACAGCUCUUCGCUGUAUCGAGCCAUAGAGGAGCAGGCCAGAUUACUGUACCACUGCUGUUAUAUAACAAUGUUAAUGUUGAUGACAGGUGUAAUCCAAGAGUCCAAACUUCAAUUGUGUCACUAAGUAUAUAUACACGCCUUCAGCCUACGAACACAAUGACAGGCAUUUGAGAUGUAUACAAUGAUGUUAUCCUUGGGUUUAAAUCAAAACAUUGAAAUUCAAUGACAGUCAAAUGGCAAUCAAUGGGUGAAAAAUGACGAGAUGAAGGAGCAAUGCAAUACUGGCAUUGGUUCGUUAAGCACAAAAUGUGCCAAUUAAGUCGGCAACAGGGCAAAGGGAUGAAUACCAUGGAUACCAUUAGGUAGAUUUCCAUUGACACAGGUUAAUUAAACAAAAUAAAUGUUGUAAAAAAAAACGUUGCAAUGUGUAAUGAAAACGGUAGAUAUUGGAGACAUUUUUCUAAAGAUCAACAAAAAAUGAAUUCGUUUUACAGGAUAUUUAUUUUGUCUAACUUUCUUUGUUGCGGCAAAUGAUGAUGGAAAACACGUUUUUUUAAUAAACGAUGAUUGCCGAAUAAUUUUGAAGGUACGCGGGGAAAGUGUUGUCAUCACGUAGGUUGACUAUAAAGGUCAACUUCACAAUUCUAAAUGCAUACUGCUUGCAACAUCUAUUUUAUAAAAAUCUAUAAAAAGAAUGUUUCUUUGCAAGACAAGGAUUGUUCUGACUUUCAAGAAUGCCUGAAUUGCUUCACCUUGCUUUUAUGGUUGGCUGGCAAGUUUCGCCAUCCAAUUAUUUCAGAUCUACAGGAGUGCACAGACCUAGGCGACGUGUUGGCACAUGAGAAUUAUUAUGGAAAAUAUUAGUCAAUUAUUGCAUUCUAGUAUCCAUGCUGACCUUUGCAGGCUAUCUGAGACAUGAAAGAGAUAGGUGAGAGGGCAUACAGGCUGUUGCCAAUUUAUUCAUGUGGAAAUUGCCUAAAUGGGUAAUGGAAACAAUUCAACCAAUACAUUUUUAUUCAAGACUAACGUAAACUCACCCCAUUCCAUACAAAUGUGCGCAACCGCAACAUACAAAUGAGGCUACAAAGAAAACUAAUGUGACUGUAGUGACUGUGUUGACGUCAAAAUCGGGGGUGUAAACUAGGUUUCUAUUCAAGCGUUGAUUGACAUGGUAAUGGCUCUAUAGUAGUGGAGAAAAGUUGAAAAUAACUGACCCUCUGUUACAUCUUGACGUGUCAUGUCGUAACGUACAGCACACAUAAAGCAACUAUUUCUGUCUUACAAUCUCUCUCCACCAGGUGUAGCACUUCUCUCAUCCCUUAAAAACAAGAAAUGGACAGUGACGGGGGUGAGGGGGGAUACCUAGUAAUUUUUUUCGUCAUCAUUGCAUGCGAUUAUCAUUCUCUAAGCCGCUGUUAACUUCUAAGAUCACUUUAGCACCGCCCUAAAAACCCGAUUCAAAUUCGACACAAACCUUCAAAUAGGUAUGUAAUGACACAUUAUAUAAACUCUUUAUA